AUGACUCUAUGCUCAUUAGAACAAUGGAAAACAAUACUUCUAGAACAACCAUAUACUCCUACUGUGUUGCGAUAUUGCCAGCAGAUUCACGCUAUUGCACCUGCCAAGCGUGCAGAGAAAGAGUUGCAGCAUCAUGACACAGACGUCGAGCUGAACAAGAAGAGCAGGAAGGCAGACCACUUUCUCACCUUUGUCCUUUGGACCUUGGACGGAUCAGUCCAGUUGCAACUCUUGCCUGAUCUACCUGAGUACUUGAAGGACUUGCUCGAACGUACAGACACCCAUGGUCACCACUUUAAGGACAAUCUUCGUCAAUAUAAUGCUGCCUUUGCCUUUACUUUGUUGGGUUGCGAUAUUAUUUCACCUGAGGAUCGUGUCAACAACAACAGCAACAACAAUAACAAUAGAGGUGAAUUAAAUGCCUUUCAAAUCCAUGGUGCACUUUGCCACUGUCAAGGCCCCUUGACUCCAAUUAAGGGCAGUGAACCUUCUUACGCCCAGCUGUAUAUCUUUGAUCCAUACUAUGCCGCUGAACGAAGAUAA